AAAGUCUGAAGUUUCUGGAGUUAUGGCUAAAGCUGACAUCAAACCAAAAUCUGUCCAUCAUGCCAAAGAAUGGUCAGACGUUGUAGAGAACUUGUACAGAUUUCAGCAAGCUGGAUACAGAGAUGAGGUUGAAUAUAAACAAGUGAAAGAAGUUGAUACGGUAGAGUGUUGGCCAGAAACUGGAUUUGUAAAGAAACUUCAGAGAAGGGACAAUACGUUUUACUAUUACAAUAAGCAAAGAGAAUGCGAAGAGAACGAAGUCCAUAAAGUGAAAAUCUAUGUGUAUUAAUUUUCUUAUUGUUUUCAUUUGUGUUUUAUUUGAAAUCUCUUUGUAAGAAACUUGCAAGUAAAUGAGGCUGUGUAAUCUGAUUUACCUUAAGCAUUGAUGUCAUUUUUGGAUAGAGGGGAGAAUACUGGAAAUUUAGAGAUGUCUGGAAUUAAAGAUGUAGGAGUUUCACUUU